AUGUCCCUCCCUCCCCGCUUUGGAGAAGAAAGAAACGCAGGAAGCUGGCGGGCGGCCAAGGGGCUCCAGCGCUUCCGGGAGCCGCUCCCAGCGUGCUCCGCAGCCGUGCUCCGCAGCAGUGUGCCUGUGGACGCGGUGGGGACGGAGCCCAAGGGGAGCGAGUGCUGUGCUCCUGCCGUAUCGGGCCUGAGUUCGGGCGUCUCUUCCCGUGGACAUCAGCAUCAGUGUGGUGGGGAUUCUUUGGAGCUAGCCAGCUCCUUGCGAGUCCUGACUGUUUGUACUGAAGUGCUGUGCCUACAACUGAGCAUAAGCCUGGAGUUCUGGGUGCCUAAUAAGAAACGCUAUGGGAUAAAGGUUUUCACGUUUCCUCUCAAAAAACCUACAAGACACGGCAGCAUUCUGAGCAGAGAGUCUCCAGCUGACAAGAAACAGAAGGUUGAACGCUGCAGUAGUACGCACGACUUUGAUCCGACAGAUAGCUCCUCCAAGAAGACAAAGUCUAGUUCGGAGGAGAGUAGAUCCGAGACGUAUGGUCUUGUUCAACGGUGUGUUGUUAUCCAACGGGAUGAAAAUGGAUUUGGGCUGACAGUCAGCGGAGACAAUCCAGUCUUUGUGCAGUCCGUCAAAGAAGAUGGAGCAGCCAUGCGGGCUGGAGUGCAAACAGGUGAUAGAAUUAUCAAGGUGAAUGGCACUCUUGUAACACACUCAAAUCAUUUGGAGGUGGUAAAGCUGAUCAAGUCGGGUUCCUAUGUAGCUCUCACUGUUCAGGGGCGCCCACCAGGGUCGCCCCAGAUUCCAUUAGCUGAUUCUGAAGUGGAUCUCGCAGCAUUUGGGCAUAUGUCUCCCAUCAUGACAUCUCCCCAUUCACCUGGCACAUCAGGAAAUGCAGAAAGGAUUACUAGCCCAGUGCUUGUUGGGGAGGAGAAUAAUAUUGUCCACAACCAGAAGGUGGAGAUUCUGAAAAAGAUGCUACAGAAAGAGCAGGAGCGGCUGCAGGUACUGGAGUUGCGUGAGUUUGAGAGGGGUGGAGGAAAGUAUGGUGCAAAUAAAAAGUCUCUGCAAGAAGAGUAUAGCCGAUCACCCACCACACGACUGCUCAAAGAGAUACAGGAAACGAAGAAGCACAUUCCUCAGCUGCAAGAGCAGUUGUCCAAAGCCACGGGCUAUACUCAGGAUGGAGUCUUGUCCUCCAGGUCUGUGAUGGAAUCACUGCAGAUCAGUGAAGUGGAGGCAGAGAGCGGGGAUUGUGUAAGCAAACUGGAUUACAGUGGUGACAGCCCAUCCCGACCAAACAGUGACAUUGCUGAUAGUCCUCGCAGUGGCUUGAAGGAGCGGAUUUAUCUGGAUGAGAGCCCAGAAAAGACUGAGGUUCAAGAUACUGAUUCCCAGUCCAGUGUUGGAAGCCCGUUAUCCCGAGGGGGGCCUCAGAUCAUUGGAGCAGAGGAUGAUGACUUUGACACUGAGCAGGAGCAGAUUAAUGGACAAUGCAGCUGUUUCCAAAACAUCGAGCUCCUGAAAUCUCGCCCAGCUCACCUGGCUGUUCUUCUGCAUCAUGUGGUGUCCCAGUUUGACCCAGCAGCGUUG